AUGGCAACCAGAGACCUGUCAGUAUGGGGCAGCUGGGGUGCAUCACAGUUAAAGAUUGUGCUUCUUGGGGGUAGAAACUCAGGAAAAAACUCGGUGGGGAACUUUAUCCUGGGCAAAGAGGAGUUUGUCACCAAAGAGAGAACCACCUGCUCUCGGAGACUGGGUGUGGUGGCCGGAAGAUGGCUCACAGUGGUGGACACUCCCGGCUGGUGGUGCGACUUCAGCUCUCAGGAAACAUCUAAUCUGGUGAAGAGAGAGAUCCUAAGCAGCGUUUCUAUGUGCUCACCUGGCCCUCAUGUAUUUCUGAUUACAGUAAAGGCAAGCUCAGCUUUCUCAGAGAGGCGUCGGAGAGCUGUGGAAGAGCAUGUGGUCCUGCUGGGUGACAAAGUGUGGAGACACUGCAUGGUUGUUUUCACCUCACCUUAUAGAUUUGAACACAGCAAAGCAGAAGAGUGUGUGGAGAGAGGAGGAAAGGCUCUCCGCUGGCUCACUGACAAGUGCAGCCAAAGGUGUCACAGUGUUGUCUUGAAUGAUGACACAGGAGUGACAGAGCUGCUGAUGAAGAUACAGAAACUUGUUGCAGAAAAUGGAAACAAAGUGUUUGAGAUGCAGGACAUCAUUUUGCAAGCAGUUGCGGAAGAAAAGAGAGGGGUGGAGGAAAGGGCUCAGCGGAGAUUCAUAAGAAUGAAACAACACAGAUCUCUCAUGAGAGAAAACUCAAAGCCAGUUACCAGUAUCCGCAUCGUGCUGCUUGGAGCAAAGGGUUCAGGAAAGACUUCGGCUCUGAACACAAUCCUCUGCAGAGAGAGCAGCCAGCAACUCCAGAGAACAGCUCAGUGUUGGGUAGGAGAAGGAGUGGUGUUUGGGAGACAGGUGACAGUGGUGGACACACCAGGCUGGUGGAUGAACUACUUCUGUGAUGAGAGUUCACUCUUCGAUCAGAGGGAGAUGGUGCUGAGUUUGUCCCUCUGUCCUCCGGGGCCUCAUGUCUUUCUGCUGGUGAUCCGUGUGGACCGAGCAUUUCCUGAAACCUACAGGAGAGCAGUGCAGGAGCAUCUCGAGCUCAUCAGUGAACAUAUCUGGAGUCAUGUCAUCUUACUGUUCAGUUUUGGUGACUGGCUGGGAGGAACAAUGACUGAGCAGUACAUUGAGAGUGAGGGAGAGCCUCUGCGGUGGAUUGUUGAGAAAUGCUGCAACAGGUACCACGUUCUGAACAGCAAAACUAGAGGAGAUGGAUUUCAGGUCAGAGAACUGAUUGGGAAGAUUGAGGAAAUGAUGUCUGGCUGCAAUGGUAGCUGGCAUUAUGAGAUAGAGAGAAAAAUGUUGGAGGAGCUGGAGAGGAAGAUAAAAGAAGAGACAGCGAGAGCCAGAGAAAGGCAGAUGAAGAAGGAGAAAAAAAGGCAGAUGGCGAGGUCUCAGCUGGAGAAACUGGACCCUCUACCAGAGGUGAGAUUAAUACUUGUUGGUGGCAGGAAAGUUGGCAAAAGCUCCUGUGGGAACACCAUCCUCAGCAGAGAGAGCUUUGACACGGAUACACAAACUACUUCCUGCACCGAAACACGAGACAAGAUCACUGGCAAGAUGGUGACAGUGGUAGACACACCAGGCUGCUUCCCUGUGACCUCUGACCUCCAAACGACGCCCUCGGCUUUCCUCCUGGUUGUCAACAUAAGUACUUCAUUCAAAGAUGCCCACAGGGAGGCUAUAGAGGACCAGCUGGAGGCUGGAGGAGGCCAGCUGUGGAGCAGAGCCAUGGUCUUGUUCAGCUAUGGCGAUUGGCUGGGAGACACAAGCCUUGAACAGCGCAUUGAGAGUGAAGGAGAGCCGCUGCAGAGGCUUGUUGAGCAGUGUGGGAACAGAUAUCAUGUUCUGGACAAUAAGAACUGGGGAGAUGGUGCUCAAGUUGGGGAGCUGAUUGAGCUGGUGGAGGAGAUGCUGGGUGGGCAAAGGCUGACUGAUCUCCACAGAGGCGAUCACAUGUGGAAAAGUAUAUGUUCUGCAGAGGAGCUGCAGUCAGAUGCCACACUGUGUGAAAAGGAUUUAAAGGAACCAAUCAGCAGCAGACAUAAGCUGUCCCAUGAUGUGCCUGAGUCAGUAUCUUUCAUGCCUCAUCCAUCACUGACCGACUCAGAAGCUUCAGAUGUUGCACUACCAGCAAGAAGAGCCAGAUGGCGGACUGGAUUCACCUUUGUGGACAGAGACAGCUUCAUGUCUUACAUGGCCUCAGUUGUCUCUGGUAAACAAGGAUUGAGGUGGCAAACAGCUGAUCUACCUGUUUGGUUUCCUGCUCCUCAAAGCCACCUGAGACUCACCACUGAAAACAACACACUCUCACCCAGACAUCAAACGAUGCUUCUGGUGUCACAUCAGACACAGCCCAGGAUGCUCUCAGAGGAGGAUGUCAUCAGCGGGAAUCCCCUCUGCCACCACGCGCUGACAGAGCGAACUCUCCUGAGGCUCUCCGAGUCCGGAGACCUGCAGGCUCUGAUCGACCAGUGGGGCCACAGCAACCUGGAGGAACUGGAAGCUUUCAUUGACUCGUACUUUGAGAUGGUAUGGGAACAAACCAUGGGGUCAUUUCAGCCCUCUGAACCAGACCUUCCCACAGCAGAGCAGAAUGCUGUCAUCAGGGAAACAGGGGAGGAAGAGGUACUCUUAUCCAUCGACAGGAAGCUUUCCAAGCUGGAGCUCUUGGAGGAGAUCAGGAGUGAUUUGACAGAGCUGAGGCAGAAUCUGGAGAGUAGCUGGAAGGCCAUACAUGAACUCAGAGACAAAAACAGCAAUGAUUCUGAUGAUGAUACAUAUUGAUCAAGAAAGUCAGGAAGUUAAAAAAAAGAAGGAUUUAUGGUAGAAUUACUGUAUUCCCAGUCAAACUGAAUCUAUGUGGGCAUGAAAAGAAAAAAAGGAACAGUUGUUUAAUGAUUGGUUCACAAGAGGGAGCUGUUGUAUAAGAGGUAAGCAUGUUACAUCUCAGCUAUUAAGAGGAUAGUCUCAACCAAAGUACAAGUUUAAUAAUAAACCCCCAUGUUACAUACAAGUUAUUAAGAAAGCAUUCAAAUAAACCUGCAUAUAAUGCCCUCCACUUUAAUGAGAAGGUUUUGCACAAGAUUUUGCAACUUGGCUGCAGAGAACUUGAUCCCCUUUAAAAUAAGGACAUUAGAGUUGUAUUAACUGGUUUCCAUUUCAUACCAAAGGUAUAAAUGAAGGUGGAGCCAGAGCCCUCUGCAUGCCAGUUAUUUUAAUUAAUUUAAUAAAACAAAGUGCCCUACUGCCUGUACCUUUAACCCUCAGCUCCCUCUGUUGGUUUGGAUGACACGAAUGACAACAGAAGGAAAAACACACUGCUGAGUACAUGUGCUUAUAUGUAGAAUAUUCCUCUGUAUUCCACCUCCAUUCACUCAUUUAUUCAACUAACGACAAGAUUAGUUAUGACUUGAGUCUGAGACUAUGU